ACCUACCCCGAGCCCAAGAAAAACAAGAAAACAAUACACAAUUGUGCGACGGUGGUGCAGACGUUCUCCGUGUGAUCCGAUCAAACGGACCAGGAGACCAGGCGACUAGGCUAAAUCCGGAGGUCAGCGGUACUAAUGGCCGGCGACAUGUCGAUCGGCUGUGCGGCACUGAAGCGUUCCAGCAAGCUGAGGUCCUGCACCAGUGCCGCCGACACGGACUCAAUGCGGGUGCCCAGCGACCACAGGGACAACGGGAGCCUGGUGAAGCCGCCUCCCAUUCCGCCCCAGAAUAUGCGGGGCGGCCUGCGGGUCUACAAGAUCGUCAUCCUUGGCGACGGAGGCGUUGGAAAGUCAGCUGUCACCCUUCAGUUCGUGAGCCACAGUUUCCUGGACUACCACGACCCCACAAUUGAGGACUCCUACCAGCAACAGGCGGUCAUCGACAAUGAGGCCGCCCUGCUCGACAUCCUUGACACCGCCGGCCAGGUGGAGUUCACGGCCAUGCGGGACCAAUACAUGCGGUGCGGCGAAGGUUUCAUCAUCUGCUACUCGGUCACCGACCGCCACAGCUUCCAGGAGGCCUCCGAGUACCGAAAACUGAUCACCCGAGUGCGCCUGUCCGAGGACAUCCCGCUGGUUCUGAUCGCCAACAAGGUGGACCUGGAGUCGCAGCGUCGCGUGACCACCGAGGAGGGCAAGAACCUGGCCAACCAGUUUGGCUGCCCCUUCUUCGAGACCUCGGCCGCACUACGACACUACAUCGACGAUGCGUUCUACACACUGGUCCGCGAAAUCCGGCGCAAGGAGAUGCAAAAGGCCCUGGGCACAGACUCCAACUCGGAGAAGAUACACACGGGUCGCAGGAGCCGCUGGUGGCGCAUCCGAUCCAUCUUCGCUUUAGUGUUCCGGCGCAGGCGAAACCUCAACUAGACCCAGGAUGCUGAUUUCUUUGAACGAGUGCAAUAUUAACCACACAUACGAGUAUUUUUUGUUCGCUAUAUACACGGUUUGUAUAUAGCAUAACGCCCAUCAGAUACAACCUACAAGAAUUUAGCGAUCGAGGAGGAAAUCUAAUUGUUACGGCCACAGUGGUUUAUUUAUUAUUUGUUAAAAAAAACUAUCUAAAGUACUUGUUGUUGAAAAAGAUGGCGAGGCGGUAGAGCAGCGAUAGAGUAUAUCAAUACGUUUAAGCACCGAUCCAAAAGAUACAUAUUAACAAUGCACGUACAUAUGUUUAUGUAGUAAAUAUUACUAACGUUGAUUCCUAGACGAAAGCGAUUAAGGAAGUGUGGCAAUUGGCCGAAGCUCAAAAGCAUUUAAAUUCAGCAAGAUCGAAGGGGUGAGCGUAAGCCCCUAAUGAACAAUCUGAUAACUCUGAAUCCUAGCCAGGAGAUUAACCCAAAUGCCAGUUGCCAAGUGAGCAGAGCGGAUUAGCAGACGAUUUUUAAACUUAUGUAUGUACGUAUUUACCCAGAAGACACGCACAUGACAUACGACACAAGCAACACAUUUAACUAAUCGAAUAAAUGUUGAAUUUAAUGUAUACUAAUAUUAUAAAUCGAACGAUCGACCUAAGUAUGUAAAACGCGGGAACAUUGCAAAUAACGAAAGAUGAAUGAGAGUGUACGUUUGUUCAGAUCCAAGCCCAAAUUGAUAACGAUAAUUGAUAAUUUAAGCCCACGUCAGCCGAUGCAUUUGUUGUUUAAGUUUGAGAAAUGUUUAUUGUUUAUAUUGUUAAGGACACGUGUUACGCCUAAGUUUAUUUAUUAUUAGUUUAACCAAUCUGUUGAUUACUUUUUAAACAAGCAGCCUCACAUCACGAUUUCUAAGCAUUCACCAUGAGUUCCUCUCAUCAAUGUUAACUGUAUCACCAGAAACGAAAUACUAACACGACUUAAAUUACUCUGUUUGUUACGUGAUCCCCAAGAAGUUGGGCGGACUACCAUAAUUAAUUGUUAUUGCAAAUCAUUUCAAGUAAUCCAACAGAUCGACUUACGCAAACAACAGCUUAACGAAAACGAGUAAUCAAAUGCGUGUAGAAAUAUAAAGAGAGAAAAGCUUUCGCAGAAAGUAAAGCGAUUAAAAAAAUACGUUUUAAGAAAAGUAUUGGGAACUAUAUGUUCAUUGCACUUUGCCAUGUCCAUGUCGUUUCGAAAACGUCAUACCUGUUCGGGAAGCAAAGCCAAUAAUAAUGGAUUGUAAUACCUAUUUGAGAGAAAACCAAAACAUUUUGAUCCAUAAUGUUAUGUACAUUUUAAAUGUAAAAAAAUGAAAUACAAAAGCACAAAAUAAACAAAAACAAUCCCCUCAAUAAAGAUUUUUUUGGAACCCCGUUAACGGUGCUAGUUUUUAUUUGAUGGGGUCUUCUAAUUUUGUGGGGGAUAAACAAUGACAAAAUUUCGACGAUACGGGAUUUGACGAUCCUCUGGUGACUUCAUCUUAGAUCUUCAAGGAUGAAAUGAUAUCUCCGUUUUCCGAUUCCUCCUUAUCAAGGGUCCUUCGUUAUUUUGUUGAAUAUUUUUAUCAGAGUCCUAGGUCAGGUAACUGGGUAACUGACCUAGGAUUAUUAUUUUACUGAUAUUAAGGACUUUUCCCAGCCAAAUUAAACAGUGAGUUAAACCAAGAGUAGAUCAAAUGUACUGUUUAUUCAUAAGUAUAAUAUAGUUUGGUUGUAUCUGAUGCAUCUUCGAGUUUUUCAACUUCUGUGUGAGAAUUACACGAUUGACGGUACAAAAUACAAAAAAGAGACAUACACAUAUGUACUGUAUAGUAUAAUUAUAUGUAUAUUCGUAUUUUAUAAAAUCAUAAAAUACUCUUCAUAUAGUUUGGUUGUUUUGUAGUAUCUUUUUUUAUGUUUUCCACACGUUUUAAUGCAAAGUACAAAUAUUAAAAACUCGCUUAAUGCGCUCGAAAUAGUUGUUUCACUUCAUCAAAAUUUCUCCCUUUUAGCUUCUCCCACGCGAAAACUGAAUGCAUCUCAUUUGUGGCUUACGUUUAGUUUAAUAAACAUUUAUCGUUUUUGUUUUGUGUUUAGUUCGGUUCUUGUAAUGUAGUUUCACUUGCAUCUUCUUCUAUUGGCGGUCUGGUCUCUCAGUAUCUGAUAGAUUUAAAGGGAACAUAACU